AUGGGCGCUCCCAUCCCGCUCGCUUCGCGCUCGGCCGCCGCUCGGAAGCGCUCGGCUCCGCUCGGCUCCGCUCGGCUCCCGCCCCCCCCCCCCCGGCUACGCGAGCGCAGGCUGCGGCGCGGCCUGGUCGGGGGCGGCCGGGGGCGUCUCACCUCGGCGCGGGCGGGCGGCGGCCGGGGCGGCGCGGCGGGGAGGGCGGGCGCGGCGCUCGCGGGGGGCCGGGGCGGGCGUGGGCGGCGGCUGCGGGCGGCGGCGCGGCUGCGGGGCGGCGCAGAGCGGCGGCGGCGGCGGCGCGGCGGCUGCUCCUGGGCGCGCUGGGCGCGGACACGCCCCCGGACACGCCCCCCGGGCGCCGCGCGCGCCCAUUGGGCUGCGGCGGGGCCGGGCGGGGCGCUCAUUGGGCGGCGCGGGUGUCCGUCAAAGGAAGCGGGAGGGGCUUCCGGCGGGAGGGGGCGGGACUUCCUGGAGGGAGGCCACGCCCCCGCGCUUCCUCUUUACUGCGGCGGCGGCGGCGGCUCGAUUCCGCCUCGGCGCGGCCUUACCCCGGAUGUGGGGGUGUGCGCGUGCGCGCCGCGCGCCCCCCGAGCGGGGAUUGGGGAUGGGGGGGGAGGAAAAUGGCGGCUGGCCGCGGGGACCAGGGUUCGAAUCCAGCCUUCCCGCACUUCCGCUGUGAGGACCAGCAGUCACAGGUCCCCCACCAUGCGGCCGUGGCUCCCCGCGUGUCUGUCCAUCUGCGUCCUCUCACUCUGCACGACUCCGGGAGUUGGAGGCCAAGGCGCGGCCGAGGACUGCUGCCUGGGCUUGCACGCGCGUGGACUCCCCCUCCGGCGCCUCCGGCUCGCGACCGGCUACCGGCUGCAGCGCGUCAGCGGGAGCUGCAACCUGCAGGCCGUGAUGCACGCGCGCCCGGAGGAGGAAGCCGGGACACGCCGGCCCCCGCGGGCCCAGGACGAAGGCGCCCGCCGGAAGGACCCGACCCUGACCCACGCGGGACCCGAACCGGAGCCGUCGCACGCGCGGACGCCGCCGCGACCCCCCCCCCGCGCGCGCGUGUGCAAACCACACGAUGGAGCCCGAGCGGGGAGGGGUGUGAAGAGAGCGAGUGUGAACGCGGCCCCGAGCGAGAAGUAAAACAAUUGUUGCCAGACAA